UCUCCGAUGCUGUUGUCGAGCCAUACAAUGCUACACUGUCUGUACAUCAACUUGUUGAGAACACUGAUGAAACGUUCUGCAUCGACAACGAAGCACUCUAUGACAUCUGUUUCAGAACACUGAAGUUAACCAACCCCACUUAUGGAGAUCUCAAUCACUUGGUCAGUGCAACCAUGUCUGGCGUGACCACCUGUCUCAGAUUCCCUGGACAACUGAAUGCUGACCUGCGGAAACUGGCAGUGAAUAUGGUCCCGUUCCCUCGACUGCAUUUCUUCAUGCCAGGAUUCGCUCCACUGACAAGUCGUGGCAGUCAACAGUAUCGCUCAUUAACUGUGCCUGAACUGACACAACAAAUGUUUACUGCAAUGUUCCGUCGUAAAGCGUUUUUACAUUGGUAUACCAGUGAAGGGAUGGAUGAGAUGGAAUUUACUGAGGCUGAAUCAAAUAUGAAUGAUUUGGUAGGUGAAUAUCAGCAGUGUCAAGAUGCCACUGCCAACGAUGAAGAAAAUGUUUGAGGAAGCCUAAAUUGUAUCUUGCUCCUCAUGUUUCUUUGCGCAUUUUCAUUUUUCUCAAUACAGUAAUUGAAUUAGA